AUGUGCCAUUUCACCUUCUUUUUAAUUCUUUUAAUUGCCUAUCAAUCUCCUAAAAAUGCCUCUGAAAUUGACAAGCUUAAUAAGGAUCUUCAGUCUCAUAAUGCAUCCUUGAAUUCUCUCGAGACACUGAAAGAGCUUUGUGGAUAUGCUGAGAAAAUUAAUCAAAAUCACGUUGACGAACAAAGUUGUAAAAAUUUUUUAGAGAGUCUUUGUACAGGCCUCGAAAAAUUUCUCGGCUACCAGAAUGGUAAUUACACCGGAGAGGGAAUUGUGUACUCGGACCUGGACAGGCUCUGCGACGGGGUGAUGUCUUUCCUUCAUGGUGUUUUAAGUAACAUUAAGCCUAAAUUAGGAUUACAUAGUAAUGAGAUUAAUGAAGCUAUAAGGCUUCUUGAAGCCAAUAAACACUCUGGCAAAGAUGGUUUUAAUGCUGCGAUUGGCGAAGUGGUCCAGGGGGUGAACAAGUAUAAUGAGGGUGUGAAGAAAUCCAAUCAGGAAGUUAAAGAAAUAAUGACCAAGAUGCAAGGCUACACAAGACAAGAAGAUGGUAAGUUAAUUAAUGGUCUUCAUGCUAUUCAGGUUGAGAAUAAUCCAAGGGACCCGGAGCUCAUGUUCGCCUACAAGGACGUCAACAAGGCACUGCAAGAAUGCCAAGCGGAAGCAACAAAAUUCACUGAUAGCCUAAACAUUAGUGACACUAAUAAUAAGCACAAAGAUGCCGUUAAUGAUCUUAAUGAUACUUUAAAAGUUAAGCUUAAUAAUCUCCGUAGCACGAUAGUGUAUGAGACUGGGCGCCUCGGGAAGGUGCAAAAGCAGGAGGAGAAGCAGUUUGAAGAGAGGACUGCAAAAAUCGCCGAGGUGUUGAAGGCGCUCGGGACGCAAAUUAACAAGCACAUUUGUAGGGAAAUAGAGAGGUUCGUUGAAGAUUUGAAACCAAAGGUGCAGAAAAUUCUGGAUGAACUUAAGAAAAUUGAUAAGAGGCUGCAAGAGUAUGUUAAGGAGUUAGAAGCGUGGAUUGAAAGCGCACUACAGGUGAUUAAAUCGGCGGAGGAGAAAUUUGACGAAAUAUCGGCGGAAGCAAAUGAGGAGGCCGUAUCAAAGAAUCCGGCGCAGAUCAGACAGGUGGCGCAGGAGCUUAACACGCGGCUGGAAGGAGAAAUCGAGGAGUUAAAGAAAUGGAGGGAAGCGGCGACCGAAGCUGUUGGAAAAGGCAUUGAGAACUGUGAUUUAAUACUAGAGAGGGUGCAAAAUGGUCAUCCAAAAAAUAGACAGAAUAAUGGUGGCCUAACCUUUAUAAAAAAGAAAGCUGAAGAAUUGAAAACACAAGCAGAGAAACUCAGAUUGGCGGCCGAGGGGGCAAUGAGGGAUGUCAAGGAUCAAGUCGCAGUGGCGCUUAAUGAGGUUAUGCAAAUGGACAUGUAUUUAAAGAGGGAUUUGAAAGGUGUUAAAGACGAUAUUAAGAAAGGGAUUACGCAGGAGAUUACAAAGCUUAAUAUUGCUCAAUUGGAAGGCAAAGUUAUCCAGGAUCUAGGUACAUUGAAGCAGAAGAUUGAGAGUGCAGUAAAGGAUUACGUUAAGAGUUAUGUCGACGCAAUUAAAACAAAGGUCGGCGUUGUCAAGGAUGGAAUUGGAGAUACACAAGCAAAAAAUGGACCAGGUAACGAAAGUAUAUUUUUUAAUUGGAAUGGACUUAAACAUCAGAUCACAUGGCUUGUUGGCGGCUUGACCAACGAAGGCCCUGUGGGCACUGGAAAGCUUCAAGAAAUUGUACACGGUAUCUUAUCCUACGCUAAGGAGUUUGGUAGCGGCAAAUUUGAGACUCAGAUUUUGACAGGUUGGCUUAAAGAAAUUUUGGAGGAUACGAAAGUGAAUAGGAAUAUUACUACGUAUGUAAGUGACAACAGAGAUAAGGGUAAAUUUAUAGGCACGGAAUUCAAUAAUAAAGGACAAGGUGAUAAAAUUCUCGCAGUAAAGGAGGCCAUUAAGAGCAAGCUUCCGGAAGAGUUAAAAGCGUCCCUUUUAAAUGUUGCAGGGACUAGCAACCGCCCAGGUGCAAAGGUCAGUGAGAUUGCCCAGAGGUUUAAAGAGUUCGCCCAGCAAGUUGAAACUGACCUGAAGGAUAAGGCUUCCCAGAUUUCUGAGAAAGUUGAGGAGCAUUUAGGUUUAAAAACCCUUAACAACUCUACAGACAAAACAGGUCUCCUUAACGCGCUCAAAACAAUCCUUCCGUCUAUAGCCGCAGUGGCCAGGAAGUUUGCCGAAGAAAUUCAAAAGUUCCUCGAAAAGUCCAAAAUAGGCUACAACCUGGAACCAGCUAUAAAGAAGGUCGGUGAAAUAGUCACAAAACUUGGAGACCCCGAGGGCAGCACCAAUCAGCCCGGGAGUAAAAUUACAAAGGCGUUGAAAGAGGUGCAGCCAGCAAUAAACCUGCUUUACAGUGAUCUUGGAACAGCGCUUGGCCAAUCCGCCCACACAACGCUUAUUCCACCCGUUGCUCUUACUGAGCCAAUUGACACUACGGUUGCAAGGAAAAUAGAAGAGGGCAUCACGUCAACAACUUCUCCGUUACUGGGAACGUCUGUUAUCCCACAACAAAUAACUUAUGAACUUGGUGAGAAACAUAAACUAAUGCAGCUGUUCAAAACUCACUAUAGUACGAUAAACAGCGCCCUUAGCGAGCCAACCUUUGGCGGUCAAGUUGAUAGUAUAUUGGAUCAGGAGAUCGGCGGAAACGCAAAGGUUGGUAGUACAAUAACAGAAUUGGCUAAAACUAAAUUCAACGGUUACAAACAUUACGUCGACGAAAAAAAACUUAAGAGUGCUCUUGGGACCGGUAAGCCACAAGACAUUCAAAGCUCCGGUGAACUACCGCAGUCGAUAAAGAGGAUUGAAACCACAGGUGUUGCAGAGCUGGAGAAGACAAUAGGUGAGAGCGCCGGUCCCGAUAAAAAGAUAACAAAGGAUACUUUUGAAAAACCGGUCCAAACAAUCGACGCUCAGCUAACAUAUCUUACACAACUUGUCAACAGGGACAGGGCGGAUGACUACGGCAAUAAAGGUGUCCAAACAAUUCUAAAUGAGUUGAAGGUAGGCCUCACUAAGCAAUCCCUCGGCACCGCAAACGGCCUUCAACAGAUCCAGGAGAACCUUACAGAUCUCCACAACCAGGUCCCACAUAUAUCCGCCAAACUUGUUUCCAUGUGUAGUAAGAUAAACACCGCUGUGCAUUUCGGUAAGGAGAGUAUAAAGACUCUGAGAGAUACCAAAAUCAAACAGCAACUCAAAAACAUUAGGAACAAUCUCACCAAACUCCAAAACGAUCUGGUGACUAAGCCUAUCAAGUUGACGGAGACCUUUAUCAGCAGCAUCGGACACUACCGCCAAGCCACAAUCCAGUUGCUGGAAACACACGUAAAUAAGGAAGUGGACGACGCAACUAAGCAAUUAACCGUCUACGCAAGGAAACAGUAUGUUGAGUCCAUUAAGUUCCUGCUCAAGGCGUUCGCCGAGAAAGUCACUGAAGAACUCAAAACGCUACCCGAUGAAAUAGGAAAAGAUUUGGAGCAGGGGCACAAGAAAUUCAUGGAACUGUUUGCAAAGGACGUCAUGAGGAGACUUGAAGGAAUAAAUGAAAUUGAUCCUAAUAAGUUUACGAAAGCAGAGCCUCCACUGCACCAGGCGGCGACAAAGUUAAACAGCGCAUUGAAUGCGUUGUUCAAGAAGUUGAAAAGCGAUGAGGAUCUCAAGUCCGACCACGAUAAAGUUGCGCCUUCCAAAGACGCUCUGACAAAAAUUCUUAAUGGCCUUAUGCGUUCACGGCACUUUGACAAUAACUUUAGCACUCACCUAGUAACAUUUAAUAAAGCACUUACGGAAUUCAAUCCCAAGACAUACGGCGAAGGAAAGUAUCCUUUCAUUCUCGAGUCGUUUAAAAGAGGCUUCGCGGCAUUGUUCACGGAGCUCGAAAAGGCCUACGUAAACGUCUACGACGGACAUCCUAAGCAAAUAAAUUUAAGUAAAUUGUUGCAAGAUAAACCACAAAAGGAUCCAUCCACACCAGCUGAGAAAGUGCUCACCCCGGACGGUGAAAACAUGUCCAAGGUGUUCUUGUCCAUCCUGGAGAUCAUCAGUGAGGACCUGACGUAUUUGAAAACACAAUGCCUUUCCGAAUGGUAUGCGCGUCGGAUCCAUUCCGGUAGCAGUCUCGGUACGUUCUUGCAAACGUGCGGUUACCGUGUGGUCACAAACCGUGACUCCCAAAAUGGCGAGCUGCAGUACACGAAUAAUAUGAAGGGUGAGCAUAUUUAUGGUAGGCUCGUCGGCGAUUCUGAAUGUGUAUUCGACAGCGAUAAAGAUGCCAAGCGUGCGCUUGACAUGCUUAACGAUUGCCUCACCCAUUAUUAUUCCGUCUCCCACAUCGCCACUUCCUUCUCCAAGAAGCGUCCGUGUUUCAUUUACGAGAUGCUUGCAUGGUGUACAAGCCUUCUACAUCAUCCAGUGUAUAUCGAUUUGACAACAAAUGACUUCAGUCACCUGUUCGACAAGCCGAAGAGAAAGGAGGCGGACAAUGUGGUAGACGACAUCUCCCUUGAAGAACCAAGCAGCCUAUCGUUAGCGGCGUAUCCACAAAAGAUCGCGCAGAGUGAGAUACACGAUGCAAUUGUACAUGUCACGUCCCUUGCUCCCGUGAUCCUGACUACCAUAGUCGGCUACGGCGACGAGUUCACCACGUACGCUGUUGACUACCAUACUAACGCCCUUGGAUUCACGUUCCCCUCAUCGGCGGGGGAUUGUCUCAACAUGUUGCUUGAAUGCCUCCGUAGAAUGUUCCCUGUAUUUAGAUUCUUGCAUCAUCAGUGUACCAAUUUGGUGUCCGAGCACGGCUGGUACAGCUGCAAGUACGGCAAAGAUGUCAAGUCAGCCAAGUGGCCGUGUAGUGACCACUCAAACAGCAAACCAAACGGCCAACCAAAUUGUAAACCAAAUCACCAACCAAAUGGUCAAGCAAAUUGCCAACCUAGGUCACCAUUAAUGAGUUACCUAAAUGACUGUCUUCCCGGCCACCUACCGCACCAGGUCAGCGCUAUCGGCUGCAAAGCGCCGUGUUUGACACCACUCGGCUUUAGAGGUUUCUCGGGAAGUACAAAGACAGGCAAAGACCUAUGCAAAGUGCUGACCAAAUUCUUUGGUAACGGUGUAGCUUCACCUCUGCUUUCCGUUGCACCCAAACCGCCGAGUAACCUAGCAGAGCAUAUUCAAUUUGCAUUGUCAUUUGUGAAAGGCUGGUCGCAUAAUGGCGGUAACGGACUCAAAACGGUGGUCGAAAAUUCCGCCAAAAGUGUGUCCAUUGAUCUAUAUAACGAACCAUCAAAACUCACAGACGCACUUCGUGAUGCGUAUCGUAAUGCCCAUGGUAAACAUGGAGGGAAGGACCACCUUACUGCAUAUGCUGACGUGUCUAGUAUAGCGAUGACACAAGCGUGUAAUGACACUGUAGGAAAAGCAUUGUGCGCUCCAUAUGUUGCAUCACUCUGCGGUGACACAUAUGCUUACUUUGCUGAGAAGCAUUGCAACACAUAUUUGUCAUGGGCCAUAUAUCUCCCAUGGACAUUUUGGGAUUUACUCAACAAUUUAUACAAUGCCUUUUGCCAAAUCACUUGUGCAGACUGGGAAUGCCGUGGAUGUCUCAGAGGAGGCAAGUGCAAGAGUGGCAAGCAUGGCGUCGUAGAAGAUGAGAAGAAACCAGAUGACACAUGUCAGUGUCCUUCCAUAGUAACCUGUAGAGGCGUGGCACCGACGCUCUACCAGUAUGGAUUCAGCUUCGGCGAGGCGUCGACAUUGAAUGGUAAGGCGCCGAAGAAGUGUAGGGAUUUCUGUAGUCAGUUACAUAAGGUAUUACAUUCUGAUUAUUUUAAUAAGCUGUUCGAGGAGUGCGACAAUUUCCUGAAAGAAAUAAGGUGCCCAUUUAUGCUAACAUUGUUAGCCCUCUGGUCGCUGUCGCUCCUGUACCUGCUGCACAUCGCCGUCGUCCGCCUCGACGUCCUGAGGAUACGCUCCCACCUGAGAUCGCCCUCAAGCCACCGCAUCGCCGCACAGUCCCUCCUCGCCACCGCACGCGUCAGGGCACUCGCCAACGUAAAGUACUUCUCACCAUAA